AUGUGUUUUAGUAGUAAAGCUAAGUUGAAACGGGCUGUGACAAUUUGGAGUUUGUGCAAAAAUAAAGAAUUUAAGGUUGUAAUAUCAACUAAGAGCUUAUGGACUGUGAAAUGCAGAUUUUAUGAUUCAUUGGGUUGUCCAUGGUUUCUUCGUGGUCGGAAGGUUGGAGGUAGCCUUUGGAAGAUAGAAAAGUAUUUUAAUAAUCAUAGAUGUGAGACUGAAGGGCUUACAACAGGUCACACUAACUUAGAUACCAAUUUAAUUGCAUCUUUGUUUUUAAAUCAAAUACGUAAAAAUCCAAAAUUGUUGGUAGUGGAUGUCAUUUGUAAGGUUCAUGAAAAAUUUGGUCAACAAGUAACAUAUAAAAAAGUGUGGCUUGGACGUCAACGCGCAUUUACAUUGGUAUAUGGUGAUUUUCAGAAAUCAUUUAGUGAGCUUCCUAAGUUUUUUGCAACUUUUCAAUACUUUAAUCCUGGAACAAUUGUGGAAUGGAAACACGAAGAGUCAAAGAGUUCACCGGAGGUAAAAACUUUCAAGUUUGUAUUUUGGGCUAUCAAGUCAUGUAUUGAUGGAUUCCAAACUUGUCGUCCUGUUAUUUCAGUAGAUGGAACUCAUAUGUAUGGUAAAUAUGAGAUAAAAUUGUUAAUUGUUGUUGGAGUUGACGGAAAUGAUAACAUUCUUCCUCUUGCGUUUAGUAUUGUUGACAAGGAAUCGAAAGAGGCAUGGAAAUGUUUUUUUAGGAAAUUGAGUGCACAUGUGAUAAAGGAUAGAGAAGAUAUUUGUAUUAUCUCUGAUAGGGCAAAAGGAAUCUUGACUAGUUUAUCAAAGUUGUGGCGAUUUCAGGAGCCUCGGGCCUUUCAUCGAUUUUGUCUAAGACAUCUUAAAAGUAACUUUCAAUCUCAAUUUUCAAAUAGGGACCUCAGUAAUCUUAUGUGGAGGACUUCUACAGCUCAUCAAGUAAGGAAGUUUGAAGCUUUGAUGUGGGAAAUUCAAGAAAAAAAUAGAGAAGCAUAUGAAUACCUCAUGUGA